UUGAAAGGGCCCAAAACCAGCCCACCGUGUUAUAUUUACAAACACGUGCAAAUUCGCCGUUGUGUUCAUAAACCCUAGCCUCCCUCUCCUUCCCUUUGGACACCGUUUCUUUUUGCAGCACCCGCCGUCACCAUGGGUAUAGAUCUAGUUGCAGGUGGAAAGAGCAAGCGGACCAAACGAACCGCCCCUAGAUCCGAUGAUAUCUACCUCAAGCUUCUCGUCAAGCUUUAUCGUUUUUUAGUUAGAAGAACAGGAAGCAAUUUCAAUGCUGUCAUUCUUAAGAGGCUCUUCAUGAGCAAAGUCAACAAGCCUCCGAUUUCUCUUUCUCGUUUGAUUCGUUACAUGUCUGCCAAGGAAGACAAGAUUGCUGUGGUUGUUGGCACGGUAACAGAUGAUGUACGGGUUCAUGAGAUUCCUUGUAUCAAGGUUACUGCCCUUAGGUUUACAGAGACUGCUAGGGCAAGGAUUGAGAAGGCUGGUGGAGAAUGUUUGACGUUUGAUCAGCUGGCUCUUAGAGCUCCACUUGGACAGAACACGGUUCUGUUAAGAGGUCCAAAGAACUCUCGUGAGGCAGUGAAGCACUUCGGACCAGCUCCUGGUGUUCCACACAGUCACACUAAACCCUACGUCCGAUCCAAGGGAAGGAAGUUCGAGAAGGCUAGAGGACGAAGAAACAGCAGAGGCUUCAGAAACUAACUUGUUACUGAGGUGGGGCCCCUUCUAUUUGUCUCAAAUUAUAUACUUUCAAUUUUUUCUUAAAAUGUUUUAGGCAUGUUUUUUGCUACUGUUGUUUGGUGUUUUGAAUGUUUUUAACAUUUCCAUUUAGAUUUUUGGAUGGUGGUGUUUGGAAGUGCAUGUGUUUGAGCAAAAAAUACGGAUUUAAAUAGUUC